AUGGCGGCACCUCCACAACAGCAAACAACACCUAGUGAUCAUCAUUAUUUCGAAUGGGCAACAACUAAACAACAAAAACUUGUUGAACAAUCAUUGAAAGUUGUACCUAUUGCUGUCAAUCAACAACAAAUAUCGGCGAAUAAUACAAACGCAAACAAUACUGCAAACAUGGUGCACAAUCAUCCACAUCUUCAUAAUCAUCCAUUGAUGACUCAUACUCAUCGACGUCACUAUUAUCAACAUUUCGAAGAAAAACGUUCACUGGAAGAUAGUAAACAAAAACAGAACAAAACAACAAGUGGCAUAGUUCCAUCUACGAUGGCUAAUUCACCAAGUCUAUCACCUUCAUCAACAAAUUGUACUAGUAGUGGGCAUGUGAGGAAAAGACAAAAAACAAAUACCAAUGGAAUUAGCUCGACAUCAUCAACAUCAUCACUGAACACAAGCGAUGAUCAUACUCAAUCACAAACGUGUUAUCCAUUUCAAGCUGAAUUAACUCAAAAAAUCGAUAUCGAAUGUGGUGGUGGCGGUAGUAAUGGCAGUGGCCAAAAAGCUCAUACACCAACACAUCAUUUCACAUUGAGUACAGUGAUCAAUGUCAGUGUGAAUGGUCAAACAUCUCAACAACAAAAACCACUCGAUAUACUUCCUUCUCCAUCAUCCUCAUCUUUGUCACAGCAACAGUGUCCACUACCUUCCAAUGAUCAACAAGAGUUCCUUGUUCAUCCAUGUUCAUCCUCUUCUCCGUCUAUUCUAUCUACAUCAUCGCCUUCAACAGCGUCACCUUCUACAACAAUCAAUUCAACCAAUCUUAAUAAUAAUAAUACUACUAUUAACAACAACAACAACAGUUCGAAUAAUUCGAAUAAUCCUAUUUCAAAUUUAAUUACUUCAACAUCUCCAUCAACAAAUUUAUUAUCACAAUCACCAUCAAUACUUCCUUCGCCAUCUUCUGCGAUUUCAUUCAUACCAUUUUCCGAAUUGAACUUUUUAUCAUAUAUUAAAGAUCUUGAUUUAACAACAUUUGAUUCAUUUGCUUUACCAACAUGUCCCAAUCCUCAAGAUUAUUUAACAUUUGAUGGUUUAAUUACAUUUUUAAAUUCAUUAAACACAGGAUGUCUUGUGUCAGAUAAUAAUAAUAAUAAUAAUAAUUUAUCGAUACAAAAAACGAUAGAAUACAAUAAGAGAUAUCAACAACAAAUGAUUCCUAGAUCAGAUUCGUUGUCAUUGAGACAAACACCUUAUUUACCAAAUACAACUCAACAGUAUUCUGAUACAUACCGAAUGCAACAACAACAACAAGUGUACAAUUAUUCAACUCGACCAACGCAUUUUGAACAACCUAAUCGUUAUUAUCCUAAUCGAUAUCCAUCGAUGAUAUCUCCUUACUCUUCUUAUCCAUCUUAUUCAUAUCCAUCACAUAAUCAACAAUAUCAAAUGUCUCAACAUUAUAAUUAUGCAUCACCAACCAAUUCUUCUGUGAAUGUAUCAUCAAUACCACAACAAAAUUCAUCUUCAAUGAUAAUGACAGGCACAUGUACAUCCGCGUCGUCCAUGAUACCAUCAAUGAAUCUAACACAAAGUAACCAUCCUUCAUCAUCUAAUUAUGGAUCAGUCCCAUCAUCAUCAUCAUCAUCUUAUGAUCCACUUUCAUCACAUGUUACUCAUUCACCGUCAAAUCCAACAACUGGAACAGGAAAUGUCUAUUCUCCGUCAUACUAUAGACAGUCAUCUGUACCAUCCUAUCCGACUUCGAUACCACCACCACCACCACCACAACAACAACAACAAUCGCAACAGCAGCAAUUGACGCGACAAAUAUCAUCAAAUUUUCCAAUGACAUCAGUUAAUCCUUCAAAUCCAACAACAUCAAAUGUUAAUUCUUCAUCAUCAUCGCCCGUUCCUCCUUUCAGAUAA